GGUCAUGAUUCAGUUUUGAUACAUGAUUACAAUUACAUGUUAUUUUAGGUGUGUCCGCGUUAGUAAUCCGUAAUAACAAAUAAAAUUUAUUUUUAUUUACAUAAUUUAAUUAAUUAACGUAAAAUUAAAUUUAAAAACCGUAAACGAUGAAUUACGGUAAGAAAUCACCAAGUAUGGGUACACCAUCAAUAUACUCACAUGUGACAACACGCAGCAGCGCUAAUUUACGAUCAUCAAGGUCUGUCAAAAGUGUCAAAAUACCCUGGUACCAACGACCCCUUUUAACAAGACCAUACAUCCUGGAUAUUCAACGAACUGCUAUGCUGACUGCUGUCUUUAGUUUUCUACUAGCUAUUUUUACAAUAGCAACAUCAAUAUUUGACGUCUACUGUCUCCAUGAAGCUGCACCAGGUACAACACAUUUCGGGUACUACAUAAUUUCCUAUGAAUUUGUUUACGUUGGCAACAAACACAUCAGGAACGCGCUAAUUGUCGGCGCAUUGUUUUCACUGCUGGGAAGCAUCGCGUUGCUGGUGACAUCCGUGAUUUUAAUAAACGCGCUGAGGAAGGAGUACGAGAGGCGAAUGAUUCCAUGGCUCUACUGCUUCGGGAUAUUUACAGUUUUCCGUUUCCUCGUGUACUUGUUCUUCUGUAUCGUUAAUGACAUGAUCUUCGCUUACAAUAUCAUGAUAUGUCUACUAUGGUUGUUUUUCCUCUGCUUCUCUGUCUACGGAUGGCUGACUGUCCACACUCUGUAUAUCGAACUGUCUGAUCUCACGCGUCUUGAAGAUUUGGCACAUUUACGAAUCGGAACAAUGCAAUCAUUGAACGCAUCAACAACGCAUUCAAUCGCUGGUUCACGUCCGACAACACCCCACAGUACCGUGUCGACAAUGCCCGUUAAUUAAUAGCCACGAGUGAUGUUUACGUUUGAUAAAUUUUAUAAGACAGCAUCAAAUGCUGUCAUUAAUUAUUAAUUAUUAAAAUUUAAUGUUAAUGAAAAACUAUACGUUCAAAUUGUGAUCCGAAUCACGAGGCCGUCCAUUUAUCUAUUUUAGAUAAUUUUUAUUAUUAUUAAGAAUUUAAUUAAAAUAACAAACGCACGAUUUUAUUGAUUAAUUUUUAAUUAUCAAAGUGCUUUAUCUAAUUAAAAUUAUUGUAGAUAAUUAAUGACGAUGUACAAAUUAUAUGUACGUUAGAUGUUGACAUGUGAAAAA